AUGCUGUUCUGGCACACGCAACCCGAGCACUACAACCAGCACAACUCCGGCAGCUACCUGCGUGAUGUCCUCGCUCUGCCCAUAUUCAAGCAGGAGGAGCCCCAGCUGUCUCCUGAGAACGAGGCUCGCCUGCCGCCCCUGCAGUAUGUGUUGUGUGCUUCCACGUCCCCAGCUGUGAAGCUGCAUGAAGAGACACUGACUUACCUCAACCAAGGUCAGUCUUACGAAAUCCGACUCCUAGAGAACCGGAAGCUGGGGGACUUUCAAGAUCUGAACACAAAAUAUGUCAAGAGCAUCAUCCGGGUGGUGUUCCAUGACCGCCGGCUGCAGUACAUGGAGCACCAGCAGUUGGAGGGCUGGCGCUGGAGCCGCCCAGGGGACCGCAUCCUGGACAUCGAUAUUCCACUGUCUGUUGGUAUCUUGGACCCCAGGGCCAGCCCGACACAGCUGAAUGCAGUUGAGUUUUUGUGGGACCCUUCAAAGCGAGCUUCUGCAUUCAUUCAGGUGCACUGCAUCAGCACAGAAUUCACCCCAAGGAAGCACGGGGGUGAGAAGGGUGUGCCCUUCCGGGUGCAGAUUGAUACGUUUAAGCAGAAUGAAAAUGGAGAAUACACCGAGCACUUGCACUCUGCCAGCUGCCAGAUCAAGGUGUUCAAGCCAAAGGGAGCCGACCGGAAACAGAAAACUGACCGGGAGAAGAUGGAGAAAAGAACCGCCCAAGAGAAGGAGAAAUACCAGCCGUCCUAUGAAACCACCAUCCUCACAGAGUGCUCUCCGUGGCCCGAGGUGGCCUACCAGGUGAACGGCGCCCCAUCCCCAAGCUAUAACGGCUCUCCAAACAGCUUCGGCCUUGGCGAAGGCAACAGCUCUCCAACCCACCCAGUGGAGGCCCUGCCCCUUGGCAUUGACCACCUCCUCCCGUCUGCCUCCAUCCAGGACGCCCAGCAGUGGCUCCACCGCAACCGCUUCUCCCAGUUCUGCCGGCUCUUCGCCAGCUUCUCGGGUGCUGACUUGCUGAAGAUGUCCCGAGAUGAUCUGGUUCAGAUCUGCGGCCCUGCUGAUGGGAUCCGGCUCUUCAAUGCCAUUAAAGGCAGGAACGUGAGGCCGAAGAUGACCAUCUAUGUCUGCCAGGAGCUGGAGCAGAACCGGGUCCCCCUGCAACAGAAGCGGGAUGGCGGUGGGGACAGUGGCCUCUGUGUGUACCAUGCCAUCUUUUUGGAAGAGCUGACUGCCUUGGAGUUGAUCGAGAAGAUUGCCAAUCUGUACAGCAUUUCCCCCCAGCACAUUCACCGAGUCUACCGGCAGGGACCCACAGGUAUCCACGUGGUGGUGAACAAUGAGAUGGUGCAGAAUUUCCAAGACGAAUCUUGUUUUAUCCUCAGCACGUUAAAAGCUGAGAGCAAUGACGGCUACCAUGUCAUCCUGAAAUGUGGACUCUGAGCAGAGGCCAGAUGUGCACCUGCCUCCGACUCCCAGCCCCACAGACCCCUGGAUGUAGAAGUCGCACCACUGUCAACGGCAGCUUGCCUGGUUAGCGGAGGCGAGGAGGAACCUUGCACAGACCCUGACAGCUACAGAUCGUCAGCCAGCAGACACCCACGGACGCACAGUCGCUGGACUAUAGGAAGCUAAAGGCUCCUCUUUCCCUUCCUCCUGGCCUUCAGCUUUUGAACUAUUCCUUGUUCUUUUUCCCAACCCUGACGUUUCAAAGAAGCAAACAGUGGGGGCAUGCUCCCUGAGACCCCUUGCCCCCUUCGUUGAAGGCUGAGUCAUUGGUAUCUAUCUAGGUCCCAUUUGUGUUACCUCCUUUUGACCCCUCUUCUGCCCCCAGAGAAAGCUCUGCCUCACCCCGUACCUUCAGCUGCCUCUCUGCUGACUGGCUCCAUGACCAGGCCUACUUACUGGAUGGA